CAUGCGAGGCCCCGCCCCGCUCUUUGCAGGACGUCACCGCGGACUGCAGGGGCCCCAGCCGCCGCCGCGCAGCCCCGCAUCAGCGCCCCCGCGGCCCCGGCUCCGCGCCGUCCAAGAAGUCGCCGCUUGAGGGUCGCCGCCGGUUCCCUGGAGGCCAAGAUGGCGUCGGCCACAGACUCACGCUACGGGCAGAAGGAGUCCUCAGACCAGAACUUUGACUACAUGUUCAAGAUCCUCAUCAUCGGCAACAGCUCAGUGGGCAAGACGUCCUUCCUGUUCCGCUACGCCGACGACUCCUUCACGCCCGCCUUCGUCAGCACCGUGGGCAUCGACUUCAAGGUCAAGACCAUCUACCGCAACGAGAAGAGGAUCAAGCUGCAGAUCUGGGACACGGCAGGUCAGGAGCGGUACCGGACCAUCACCACGGCAUACUACCGAGGGGCCAUGGGCUUCAUCCUCAUGUACGACAUCACCAAUGAAGAGUCGUUCAAUGCCGUGCAGGACUGGUCCACUCAGAUCAAGACCUACUCGUGGGACAACGCGCAGGUGCUCCUCGUGGGGAACAAGUGUGACAUGGAGGACGAGCGCGUGGUGUCCUCGGAACGUGGCCGGCAGCUGGCCGACCACCUGGGGUUCGAGUUCUUCGAGGCCAGCGCCAAGGACAACAUCAACGUGAAGCAGACGUUUGAGCGGCUGGUGGACGUGAUCUGCGAGAAGAUGUCCGAGUCGCUGGACGCGGCUGACCCCGCAGUGACCGGCGCCAAGCAGGGCCCGCAGCUCACGGACCAGCAGGCGCCUCCGCACCAGGACUGCGCCUGCUGAGCCGCCCCCGCUGCCCGCCCCCCUAUUUAUUAUCUAUGAUCGUAGCUAUUUAUUUAUUUAUCGGAGAUGCCCGCUCCGCCCUGCCCUGUACAUACAGCCCCGACCCUUUGCCGUGGCGCGUCGUGGCCCCAUGACCUCACCAUGCACCUCCUCUCCUGAACCCUCUUUUUUAAAAUUCAGCUCCAUCCACACGUCUUGGUUAAAGAGGGGGGCUGGAUGACACCCCCUGGCAGGCUGAUCCGCGAUUGUUGACCACAUCCACUGGCCCCUGGGAUGGGACUCGGGGGACAGUGCACCGCUGGUCUGGUUUUAGGGGUGGGUGGCUGCUGUGGGUGUCUACUACCCUGGGAAGCCCCUUCUGUCUGUUCUGACGUCCCGACUUUCAAACCUGCCCCUCCCCACCCCCAGGAGACGCCCUGACAACAACCAUGCCCCAUAAUAAAGCGAAUGGACACCCCCGUG